AUGGAAUGGGAUGAAGCUCUAAUUCAUGAUAUCUUCGAAGAAGGGGAAGCAAACCAGAUCUGUAGCAUUCCAAUAAGUAAAAUGGGGGUGGAGGAUAGAAUUAUUUGGAUAUACACGAAGGAUGGUCUGUUUACUGUUAGGAGUGCAUAUCAUGUGGACAUGGACAGAAAAAGGAAAAGAGAGGGAGAGCCUUCUGAGGUAGUGUCCAAUGGGGCUGAAUGGAAAAGUAUAUGGGAGAUGAAUGUGCCAGGGGUUGUAAAGCAGUUCAUUUGGAAGGCAACAAACAAUAUUCUUCCCACACGAAAAUUCACAAGCCCAGUGCAGAAAUGUGCAGUUGCAGAGCAUAACUUCCUAGAACUAUGGGGAAAGCUCAUCAACAGGUUCAAUAGAGAUGAGUUAGAAGAGAUAGCAACAACCAUGCGCAGAAUAUGGCUAAGAAGGAACCUUUUCAUUUUUGAGCAGAAGUUUUACAGCCCACGAGAGUUGGUUUUGAAGACAAAUGAAGGGUUGGAAGAUUUCAGAUCAGCCCAGAUAUUACUGAAGGAAAACAGACCAGGUGGGAUGAGGGGUAGGCUAUGUAGGAGAUGGAAGAAGCCUGGAACAAAUGAAGUCAUAGCCAAUUGGGAUGCUGCUCUAGAUACAAAGAACAGGACUAUGGGAAUGAGGAUUUUCAUUAGAGAUGCAAAUGGAGAAGUUCUAGCCUCAGUUUGCAGCAAGAGGCUCAAUGUUGUUCAUCCAACACUUGCUAAAUGUCUUGCUCUUUGGAAGGCAAUUGAAGUCUGUAAGGACCUUGCCCUUUCAAAGGUGAUUUUGGAAGGUGACGCAGAAGCAGUAAUCAAGAAAGUGAACAAUGUGGUGGAGGACCUAUCAUGGAUGAGGCAUAUAAUUGAAGAUGUAAAAAUAGUUCUAAAGGGUAGGAAGGACUUGAAGGUGAGGUUUAUACUGAGAGAAGGAAAUAAUGUAGUUCAUUUAUUGGCAAAGCAUGCUUUAACAUUAGAUGGAGAUGUUAUAUGGAUAGAGGAGGGGCCAAAUGUAAUUACAAGCUCUCUUAUUAGAGACAAAAGUUACUGUCCGCUGUCAGAUGGUGAAGCUGGACAAGAAGCAAAUGGCACCAAAUUAAGUAAAGAAGCAGAAGCUCUGAAAGUCGAAAACAAGAUCAGAAGUGGACAUAGCAAGGCUUGA